CCGGUCGUCCGAGGUACGCGUCAUCAUGGACAUAACCCUCAUGAGCCAGGUUCAACGGGCAGUGGCACUCAGACCCCCGCUUCGCUACCGUUUCUGGCAUCCGGAGGAACGGCUAUACAUAACAUGCCUGCGGCUGCAAACGGAAGUGUUGCAAGUGUUAGCGUGGCGGAUGAUCAUGACCGUGAUAUUAUCCAGAACCAUUUGCCGCGAAUCGAGUGGACGCGAGGCGUUUGCCGCCCAUCGCGACUAGCGAACCUUCCGGGACCGCUAGCGAAUCUCUGCCUGCGCGUAAAGAAGCCGCAGCCUCCACGCUAUUGCAGACUGAAAGCAGAGUUUGCGAAGUACUGCGAUGCGGACGCGCAUUUUCGUCCAGGUGCAAGGGCGAACCAGCAGAGAACCCUCAUGUUCAGUCCUACGCCGCAGGCACAAGGAGAAGGCGCCUCGGAUGAAAACGCAGCUGUGGAGCUGCAAGAGUCUCACCGAACCGGUACGGUAGAGACGGAGGAGGGGCGCGCCGGCAUUUUCUACAGGCCACAGCGCAGCAGAAUCGUCCGCCGCUCGGAGCCAGCUCGGAGGACAACGGCAUUGCCACUGGACCGAAGACAUGCGCCCGAAAUGGAUCGCCUGAGUGACAGUUUUCCUGUUCUGUGCUACGGGCGUCUUGAAGAAAGGCAAGUUGGUGUCACCUUUGCGGCCACCCCGAACCGAAAAACUGUGAAAAACGAGUUUCCACCCUCGACCACGGCCGCGACGAAGCCGAUUCGGUUAUUUGACACCCCGUGGUGGCCGGCGAAGUAUAAGCGGCUACUCAACGACGGAGUCAGUAUGGGAACCUUUGUAUUAGACCGACUCUUGAACGGCGGUCUCCCUUCGUGGCUGGCACCGGUUUCGGCUGAUGUGCAGCAUGUCUUCGGGCACGACUUUGAAGUGCAAGAACCGCAUUCGUGGGCGCGGGAUUUGUACCUGAUGGUUGACUCCGGAAGCCGCAACGAAUACUUCGCGGAACACGCAGACAAAGAGAUCAUGCGCGGCCAUGGGGCCAGUCGCUUGCACACCCGCUUCUCCCUGUCGCACGCGCAAGAGCAGCAAUACUGCGUCCAGAAUGAAAAAGAGCAAAGGGAAAACGAUCUGCAGAUGAGUUUGAGUGGCACGAGACAAUCGUCCGCCCAACAAUGUUCGACGCAGACACACGAUUUCAGCGGCCACCCUGACCACCCGGAGUUCGAACUGAACGACUUACAGCUGGAGUUCAACACGCUCUUUUUCAUCAUUCUCGACCCGGUAAAACUUUCCUACCACCGCAUCCUAUUACUCGGACUGGGCCUGACGCUCCUCACCAACGUGCUGAUUGUCACGUGUUUGUCGUCUAUCCUUUUAGUUUUACUUCUCACAGGGUGCUUCCUGCUGGUCGUCGUGUACGGGUAUGUAAAUUUCGGCUUGUUGUAUGUCACCGGGGCGUUCUUCGGCGGGCCGGAAAAAACGACGAUGACGACUGUGACUCAACAAAACCAAGGCGGUGGAGGUGCAGAAGGACCUGCUCAACAUCUUGGGGUCAUGAUCACGCAGCACAUGUGCGAGGUCGUUCAGGACAUCACCAUUCCCAACACUGCACCAAUUGCCGCCGCAGCGAGUGGGAGUGCUGCCAGCCAGCAGCAAGACAGCCUCCAUCCACGCACAGAUCUCCGUUCCCGUGUCCACGACCAUUUCUGCAACACCUUCUACAUUCCCGGAGGGCCGCACAUGCGAUCGGUGCAAGUGAUCGUCUUCGUUCUGGUUUUCCUCGCCACAACCGCACUACUUCUUCGCGUUUUCCGCUACCGAAAGAGCGGCGUGUUGGCGCUACGACUCCUCGAGGCAAGUACGUUUGUGUUCUACCGGGUGCCGGGAUUGCUGUUCGUCGCACCGGUAACCGCGGUGUGCACGGGGGUGUUCUGUUUGGCAUUGUAUGGCGUCGCGUUGUUUUCCGUCUGGAUGGUGCCGGAUGAGUACUUUAUGCUAGGAGGGGACGGCACAGCACAAGGGCAAAAUGACGUCACAAACUCAAUAGGGAGAUCACAAGUUGAUGCUGCAACGAGCACCCCCAGCGUCCUCCUCACAGUCUUCGCCUCCGUCCUUACCGGUAUCCUGCACGCUUUGACGUUACCGAUCCGGGCGAUUUUACCAAGCGCUGUCUGGACCUACUACUACCUGGAAUCCUCGAAAAUUUUUCUGCUCCGGCUCCUCGCGUGCUUGCUCUUGAUCGGGUGCUACGAGUGGUUGCGGAGCUUUCUGCACGGAGUGACCACAACCGCGGUGGCGGACAGCGUGAUCGAGUUUUUCUAUCUUGAGGGAGGGGGUGGCCGUGAUGUCGCAGAGGGGUGGGAAGAUCAAAAUUAUAGUCCGGGGAAAGGACAAAGCGAAAGGGAGAUCAAACCCGGGGUGUCCGGUCGUGGCGGCGCUACUACCUCGACUAAUCCCUUCAGCCCUGCAAUGAGAAAGGCGCGGCCAGUAGCAGUAGCAGGCGGAGGGAACGUGAAGAAUGACGUGAACAGCGGUCCUAG